CCUCUCUCUUUACAUUGUACACAGAUCUGACCCAACAUGGUGUCCUGCAUUUACCGUAUAUUUCGCUCCCGUUGUAUGUCCUCAGUCUCUGGUCAUCUCAUGUACUGUGUCCUCAGUCUCUGGUCAUCUCAUGUACUAUGUCUGCAGUCUCUGGUCAUCUCCUGUACUAUGUCCGCAGUCUCUGGUCAUCUCCUGUACUAUGUCCGCAGUCUCUGGUCAUCUCCUGUACUGUAUCCUCAGUCUCUGGUCAUCUCAUGUACUAUGUCUGCAGUCUCUGGUCAUCUCCUGUACUAUGUCCACAGUCUCUGGUCAUCCUGUCCUGUCCGCAUUUGUUCAUAGUUUUUUUUUU